AUGUUUGAGCUUAUCUCUCCAGUAACGCUUUCUUUGAACGAACCACCAAUUUUGGUGCAGGCUCAACUUCUGACAUCUGAUGUCGACCUGGCAGUUGAUGAGGUACGUGACAGCCCAUUAGUUCUGGCUCCAGCAGAUCCAAAAGAGGAAGCUACAGCAAAAAUUGUGGAGAAAGCUGUGGGUGUCGAUCCGGCCAAAAUACCGCCAGCCAAUGGAGGUAUCAGUUAUUAA